UGAACUUGUUGAUACCUAUUGUUAAAAAUUCAUAAAAAUAUCAAGUCAUUGGCUGACCUAUUUUGUUUGUCUUGGUGUUUCCAUGAAGUGAAAUGAGUGCUAAAACAAAUCGGAAGGUGCAAUAUUUGGCGGGAUUUUGUGCAUCCCUCACCUUCUCGUUCACGGGCGCUACUCUAUCCUGGCCGUCACCAGCGAUUCCGAAGUUCAAGAAUGGCGAAGCUAAUUUGGAAAUAACAGAUGCACAGACGUCAUGGGUGGUGUCUUUGCUGUCAGUGGGCGCCCUGCUCGGAUGUUACAUGGGCCAAGUCCUGAGCGAUAAAGUCGGUCGCAGGCGAACUAUAUUAAUUUCGUGCGGACCGGGACUACUAGGUGGGUGUAUAAUUUUAUUCACAAAAUGGCCCGAGUUGAUGUAUGCGGCACGUUUUAUGAUCGGGAUGACAACAGGAACGGUUGCUGUGGUUGCAAUGAUUUACGUGACGGAAAUAGCAGACAAAGAAAUAAGAGCUUCUCUUGGAAUGGUGAUUCAAGUGAUGAAUAACUUGGGUUGUCUCCUUAUUUACGGUAUUGGUCCCUUUGUGUCUUAUACAGCACUGAAUUCGAUUAUUGUGACAAUACCAAUAGUCUAUGGAUUAUGUUGUCUGUGGAUACCGGAAUCCCCUUAUUAUCAUCUUAAAGAUGGUAGAACUGAAGAGGCCAGAAAAGUUUUCGUUUAUUUGAAAGGCCGGAAAGAUGAGAAGUGGGUGGAUGACCAACUGGCCAUCAUGCGCGCUCAUGUUAGAGAGAGUAUGGAAAACAAGACGACGGCCAGAGAACUCCUAUUCAACGUGAAGUACAGGAAAACUAUUUAUAUUGUCAUAGGUCUAAAGAUAUUGCAGUACAUGACUGGAGUGCUCGUCAUACAAUCUUACCUUGAAGUGAUAUUCAGGCAGAGCGUGUCGAUUUCGGGCCCUCACGUUAGCAUCGUCUAUGGAUUUGUUCAGCUGACUGCUGGCAUUGGAGCUACAUUUCUUACUCGCUGGUGCGGACGUAGGAUCCUACUGAUGUUAUCGUCCCUCGGAGUCUCGGUCUCUAUGACGGCAAUCGGGCUUUAUUUCUACUUGCAAGAUUCUAUGAAAUUAAGCCAGGAGACGAUGACCACCAUAUCGCCGUUACCGCUAGCCGGUAUUUUUCUAUUUAACAUUGCUUUUUCUUGCGGGGUUGGCAAUCUUCCAUACGUUAUGCAAGCGGAACUGUUUCCUGUAAAUGUAAAAGCCGUGGCUAGUAGUUUAGCCACGAUGUUGGCGUGUGUCCUAAGUUUUCUAGUGACAAAAUGUUACCAAAACUUAAAGGAUAUGUUCGGCCAUUAUUCUGUAUUCUGGAGUUUCGCCGUUGUAGGGUAUUUUGGUAUAUUAUUUGUGUACUUUUGUGUACCGGAGACGAAGGGUAAAACGUUAGAAGAGGUUCAGGAUAAUUUGCAAGCGAGACCGGCGGAGCGGCAAGCUUUAAGACACGGUGAUACUGCCGUCCAACACGAAAAAUAAUAUGAAUUAGGUAACAAGUUUCAAUAAAAAUAAAUAGACACGCCGAAAUAAUUUAUGUUUAUAGAAUAAGUAGGUAUGUCAUGCAUGUCUCAAAUCACCACAAAGAAAUAGAUCUCAGUUAAAAAUACGGUCAAAUUGAGGACCUCCUUAUUUUUAGAAGUCUGCAAAUAAAAAUAAUAUUUAGGUAAAAUUAUGUUUGUAGAAAACCAAACAAUCAAGAACUAAUUAUUGCGAAUUGUUCCUUAGUUCUAGUUCUUGUUUAAGUUAUAUCAAUAGCUCAUUCGUAAUUUUCACUAUGCUGGGCUAAGGAAACCUACAUAGCGCUUGCCCUUGACCAGUUUUACAUACAUAUAGUCACGCCUAUAUCCAUUGCCGGGUAGACAGGGCCAACGAAAAAACUCACGUCUUUUCAAGACUUGAAAAGACGUGAGUUUUUUCGUUUACAAAAUUAUGUAUCACCUAAUACUAGAGGCUACUUUAGACUGUGAUUAGUUUUUUUGGCAUUUAUAGGAAACUUUGUAUAAUAUUAUCCUCAGUCUUAAGAAUUUGAAUAUUACUGUAAAAAGAAUACUAGAUUUUUAUUUCUACUUGGAAGGAAGAAUUUAAAGGCCUUAUCUUGGUUUCAAAUAAAAACACUAUCCUACUACUAUUAUAAAGGCGAAAGUUUGUAUGGAUGUAUGGAUGUUUGUUACUCUUUCACGCAAAAACUACUGAACCGAUUACCAUGAAAUUUGGUAUGUAGGUAGCUGAAGACCCAGAAUAACACAUAGGCUACUUUUUAUCCCAGAGUUCCCGCGGGAUUGAUAGGGUUUCCAUGCGGACGAAGUCGCGGGCGGCCUCUAGUAGUUUAUAAUAACAGUCAGUAAUAAGUACAAAAUAGUUAUACAUAUUUUGACUUUACUUUGAUAUUUAUAUUUAGGUUAUCUGUAUAAAUAGAUGGAUUAAACAGAGACUUAUAGCUA